UCAUCACUCUCCCUUUACAGUUGAACCCAUUUUUCUCUCCAUUCCUUCGUCUUCAAGGGUGUCUCAGAUUCGCCAUUGAAGCACUGUCUUCAAGCUUCCCUGUUCUCGCAUUUCCACCCAUUUUUCAAGCACUGUCUUCAACCCAUUUUUCUUUUUCAACUAAACUGAUUUAGGCUGCGGAAGCAAACACUUUGUUGAACAGGUCUCAUGGCUAUUGAGCAAUACUUUGAAGAAGCUGUAUCUCAUAACGAUUUAAGUGGAGGACACAAAAAUUCCCCUGAAAAGUGGAAAUCUGCAUCGGAUUCAAUAACAGGUUCUAAUGACAAUCCCCCCAGAGGUUUUGACUGCAACAUCUGCCUAGACUCCGUGCAGGAUCCGGUAGUCACACUCUGUGGUCACUUAUAUUGCUGGCCCUGCAUAUACAAAUGGCUUCAUUUCGGGAGCAUGUCUUCAGGAAGUCAAGAUCAGAAACAACAGCAGUGUCCCGUAUGUAAAGCUGAAGUUUCUCAGGCCUCUCUCAUUCCACUUUAUGGCCCGGGUCUAAACAAAAAGCAUCCCAAAAGCAAGGCUCCCCACCUUGGUAAAGUCAUUCCAAAGAGACCUCUUGGCCCUGCCUGUGGAGUUGACGCACCAAGGUCACAUAGCAGUCCACACUUUUCCCCACAAUUUCAUCAUCGUCACGGUUCACAUCAAUCGCAUAUGUAUUACUCUCAACAGGGCAGUUAUCCGGCUACACCCAUGCUUAGUCUAGGCAGCACAACGGGAAACUUAUUUGAUCCAGUCAUUGGAAUGUUUGGAGAAAUGAUCUAUUCAAGGAUAUUCGGGAACUCGAUAACAAACAUUUAUACUUAUCCAAAUACAUACGAUCUUGUGGGAAACACAAAUCCCAGGAUCAGAAGGCACUUGAUGCAAGCUGACAAGUCACUCAGCAGAAUAAGUUUUUUCCUUCUCUGUUGCUUACUUCUAUGCCUUCUUUUGUUCUGACCAUCAACUCCACUCCUUCCUUGCCCCAUUGUUUACAUUCAAAUGAUAUUGAGAUUCAGCCGGAUGUAUCAGAUGGUUACGAGAAGCUGCAUUCCCUGAGCUGAGCUGUAAUACUUGAAAAAUGCAAAUCAAUCAAUGAAGAAGCUUUCAAGACAGAUCAUUGUCUGUUUUAAGUUGAAUAAUCUCUGCCUUGAUGCCUCCAGAGAAGACGUAGGGAAAUCAUCAGAACUCAGAAGGGGUCACUGCCUGAUUUGCCUCUCUAGUCCAACGUUGUUACUGCAUCUGCUCAUUGUUCCUGACCUUUCUAAAGAUGGGCAACUGUGCUGUGCAUUGUUCAAAAAAUCAAAAGAUACACAUAAAUUUUGCAUUCGCAUCACCACUUGUAAAUGUGUCUUAGUUUAAAGCAGUUCAUUUUUUUGGGUCAUUGUCUAGGACAUGCAGAUUUUGAUGGCUUAUAAUGGCAAAGCAGUUUGGUUGUUGGAGAUCUUUGGCAUGCUGUCGCAGAUCUCCAACAUGCUGUGAAGGACAUUUUAUACUAUAAAUAUAUAUGAAGAUGAAGUCAAGCAACCUAGGCCUACCCCUUUCAAAAUAGCUUACCUGUAUUUAUCUUUCAAUGCUCAAACACAUGUCAAUCCUCAAGCUUUCUUAGUUUAGUUUCUAGCUAGACACUUCUUUACAGGCUCCACAGAAGCUUGCCCUUCUCAAACUAGUCCAGUGCUAUCUUUCUUUUCAGUUUUACAAAGCUUUUGUAGUCAAUGUAUUUGGUUACGCUCUCUCAAGUAGUGCCUAGCUCUACAUUGCCAAGCCCUAGUUAUUUAUUUUUAUUUUGAUUCAAACAUCGUCAUUGAUGUAUUUUGUUUCUUGCCAUUCAUCAAAGCUUUAGUAAAGUCCUCUUUAGAUC